CUUCACGAUCUGUUCGUCCGCCAUUGUCCACUACACGUGGCAGACUCACUUCGCCUUCGGUUGUGGGACAGGUGAAAUUGAUCGUUAGCGCAUGGCGCCACGUGGACAGUCCCAGUUGAAAAGGCUAAACGGCGGAUCCGACGAAGGCGGGGGCGGGCAAAGCGGAAGGGGGCACGUCCUGAAGUCGAAAAGGCCGUGCGGUGAUGGAUCGGAGGGCGCGAUGGGGGGCCAGGGGGGGGAAGAUGUCUCAGCCGUGGAGAUCCCAUCGACGGGGAUGCCAACGCUUGGAUUUGGGAGAGACGACGUAAGCAGGGUGCAUUUUCAAGCACUAGCCGCCCUUGGUGUGCUAGGAAUUGGUCAUGGUGGUGGAAGUGGAAGUGUGCGUUCUCAAGGGAUCGUCAUCAGCGAGUCGGCACCACAAACGCCCGUGACUUCAAUGGCGACGAUCGUGUUCGUUGUUGAAUGUGCGGACAAAGGACCCGUUAAUGCACCACAAGGGUGCCACGUGGAGCCGUCGAACAGGAACACGGUCGGCGGGUCGGCGAGGGAAGUCGUCACGUUGUCGUCUGCAGGAAGUGGUGCUGUCCAUGGGCCGAGCACCGCUGCGGGGAAAAGAGGGUCUGGUGAGGUAGGGAGGAAAGACGAGAGGAGGGAUGGCACUCCGCGACCGAACGACGAGAACGACGAGUCUCUUCGCAUGAUGAAGAAAAAAACGCGGUGGAUCUUCAGGUCGUCUUCAAGAUCCGACGGUUUCGCCCGCGCCGAGUCGUAUGUCGUCGUUAAUUACCCAACCGAUCUUGCGAGAGCAGCUUGGCAGACUGUGGAGUGGUCGAGGGUAGUGUUGCCUAGUGUUGUUUACCACACACUCGCUCUGAGGAUGGACAUUCCAUUGUGGUACGAGGGGGUCUACAUCGAGGACAGGCCUGAGGACAACGAUAUGGCUGCCCAUCAAGAGUCCACGGUUUUGCAUUUGGUGUCCUGCUUUCACGAUGCGCUCCGAGGCAGCCAAUGGUCCGACAACGAAAAGAUGUCCCAGUCAAGGUUGAGCAGAUUCGGGGAUGCCUUCCGCUUGCUUCUCGCCACGUGCAUGUGGAUCAUGCGCAUUGGAGGCGAUGACGUGGGCUCCCACGAGGAGGCGUUGUACUUCUCGCAGCUCGUGGCGAAGCCUAAGCUCAUGGCGGUAGGGUCGCCAUCCUUCAGCUGACGCCGACAUAUACUCCAGUCCGCAAAUGCAGUUUUGACUCACCUCGGGAAGCCGCCCUUGAAGAUGGAGAAACGAAAUGCGCAUUUCAAACAAGAAUAACAAAAAUGAUGAGCAAUUCAAGCAUUCAAUGUGUGUAUGCUCGGAAAAUAAACCAACGCAUGCAGAUGACAUUGAACAAAAUAUUUCUCAGGACACAGCAUCCAACCGUAACAUGUCCACACGCAAAGAAAUUGUUGAAGGUGCGACAGAAGGACAUGCAAGGAGACAUAUGUGUAUGAAUCACAUAACAAAGGCGAUACCAUCGU